CCAAUCAUGACAAUAGGAAGGAAUCGGACAAAACAAAGUUAGGUUGUCAGACAGGCGGAUUGGGCAAUAACAAACCUCCCAGCAAUUCUACGGCGAGUCACGGGAGUUCGAACUUUACCAGUGUGACAGGGGACUUCCAGAGCACGAGGAAGCGCUCUGCCGUUUAAAAAAAACAUUAUAACCGACGCUGCUCGCGCAACAUCUGAAAAGUACGGCCGCUCGGAGGAUUUCUGGCUUAUUUUUGUAGCGAUACAUUUGACUGUGAUACACGGUGACCUGUUCAAGCAGAUAGAGGAAGCCAGUCAGCUAGCGAGCUGGCUAACUAAACUAUCCGAAGGGGAAGUGGCAGUAGUCAUCGUUUAAGAGUUUCGCUAGCGUAGCUUCCGCCUAACACACCCACUUUCUGCCUGUUUGUUGUUCACAUUGGUUUCAGAUAGCCUGGACUUCAGCCAACUUGGACUUUCCGCCGAACACAAAAGACUACUUUGGCUGAACAGAGCGUUUUGCUGUUGUUGUUAGCCAGCUAGCGAGGCGAAUGGUCUCUCCGCCGCAACUGGAGUCGGCCUGAAAGCACAGCAGCGUGGACGGUAUCACUCGUGCUGUUGUCACUCAUUAACGACAGAACGCUGCCCUGACGGUUUACUUCUAUGCAGUUGCUUCAUCGGGCUUUGGAGGAAAUUAGGAAGCGUUCAGCUAACGUUACGCCUUUCUGCGUCCCUCGAGCACUGAAGUGCCUGGCGCAUCUCGGGAGAGCAGUUCUCUCAGCAUGCUGGACAAAAGAGCGGAGAUGAGCAGAUUGGAUUUUUAAGAGUCGUUAGCGUGUUUGGAACUGUCCGUUUGGGGAAGGCGGGAACACAAGAGGCAAGCAUGAAGAAGUUUUCGCGUAUGCCGAAGUCAGAGAGCGGAAGUCUCGGGGGUGGUUCUGGAUCUGGUACUGGGAGCAGCAACUACAUCGGAAAGGUGUUUGCUGUCGGUCGUUACCAAGUGACGGUGGAAGAGCUGAUCGCUGAAGGAGGUUUCUCCAUGGUGUUUCUGGCCCGCACACACAGUGGAGUAAGAUGUGCCCUGAAAAGGAUGUAUGUGAACAAUGUCCACGAUCUGAACAUAUUCAAGCGGGAAAAAGUGUGGGAACAGGCCAUUGGUGCCAUUCAAAUGAACACUUUUUCCCACCAGUCAAAACCAAUCACAGUCUAA